CGAGGCGAGCGCGGGGCAGCCGCGGCAGAGGAGCCGCAGCAGCAGCGGGGCCGGGCCGGGCCGGGCGCGCACCAGUGGCGGCGGCAGCGGCAGCGGCAGCGGCGGCGGCAGCAGCAUCUCGCUCUCGGAGACGGCGCAGGGUUCCCUGCACUUAGAGCGUGGACUGUGAGCCCUAAGGAGACGAGCUGAACUUCGUCACACAGUCCCUAGAGCCAGCAAGACAUGGGCCCCAGUUUCCAAACCCUGACACCUCUCAUUUAACCAGAAGACGUGGAGGGGAGCCACCACCUCUGACCAUGUAGAUGCCAGCUCCAGAGAGCAGCAUGGGCCCCACUGAAUGGAGACUCCUGGGUCUACAGCCCUGAGCCCCUCUGGCCCCUGGACCUCGUCCCACACCCAGGGACAUCCCUUGGAGCUCACCACUGCUGUCACCAGCCGGCCUCGGCCACCCCCACCCCCCAGGACUGGGAGUCGGCCACCUGGUGCCACAGCUGACCAGUGAGGGUGUGCUGAGGACAGCCACAAACAGCCAUCACCUGGCAGCCUCUUGUCCAGCGCUGACCCUUGGGCCGACCCCGAGCAGGGACUGCAGCAAACAUGGGUGACAUGACCAACAGCGACUUUUACUCCAAAAACCAAAGAAAUGAGUCGAGCCAUGGGGGCGAGUUCGGGUGCACAAUGGAGGAGCUCCGCUCACUCAUGGAGCUUCGGGGCACUGAGGCUGUGGUCAAGAUCAAGGAGACUUAUGGGGACACUGAAGCCAUCUGCCGGCGCCUCAAAACCUCACCUGUUGAAGGUUUGCCAGGCACCGCUCCAGACCUGGAAAAGAGAAAGCAAAUUUUUGGGCAAAACUUUAUACCUCCAAAAAAGCCAAAAACCUUCCUGCAGCUCGUGUGGGAGGCACUGCAGGAUGUGACACUCAUCAUCCUGGAGAUCGCCGCCAUCAUCUCCCUGGGGCUGUCCUUCUACCACCCACCUGGCGAGGGCAAUGAAGGAUGCGCGACGGCCCAGGGUGGGGCAGAGGAUGAAGGAGAGGCAGAGGCGGGCUGGAUCGAGGGGGCCGCCAUUCUCCUCUCAGUCAUCUGUGUGGUCCUGGUCACGGCCUUCAAUGACUGGAGCAAAGAGAAGCAGUUCCGGGGCCUGCAGAGCCGCAUCGAGCAGGAACAGAAGUUCACCGUGGUCCGGGCUGGCCAGGUGGUCCAGAUCCCUGUGGCUGAGAUCGUGGUUGGGGACAUAGCUCAGGUCAAAUACGGUGACCUCCUCCCUGCCGACGGCCUCUUCAUCCAGGGCAAUGACCUCAAGAUCGAUGAAAGCUCCCUGACUGGAGAGUCUGACCAGGUGCGCAAGUCCGUGGACAAGGACCCCAUGCUGCUGUCAGGGACCCACGUGAUGGAGGGCUCAGGAAGGAUGUUGGUGACUGCUGUGGGUGUGAACUCUCAGACUGGCAUCAUCUUUACACUGCUGGGGGCUGGUGGUGAAGAGGAAGAGAAGAAAGACAAAAAAGGUGUGAAGAAGGGGGAUGGCCUUCAGCUACCAGCAGCAGACGGUGCAGCAGCUUCAAAUGCUGCAGAUAGUGCGAAUGCCAGCCUAGUCAAUGGUAAAAUGCAGGAUGGCAAUGUGGACGCCAGCCAGAGCAAAGCCAAACAGCAGGACGGGGCAGCCGCCAUGGAGAUGCAGCCCCUCAAGAGUGCCGAGGGCGGCGACGCCGACGACAGGAAGAAGGCCAGCAUGCACAAGAAGGAGAAGUCCGUGCUGCAGGGCAAGCUCACCAAGCUGGCUGUGCAAAUCGGGAAGGCGGGCUUGGUAAUGUCAGCCAUCACAGUGAUCAUCCUGGUGCUCUACUUCACUGUGGACACCUUCGUGGUCAACAAGAAGCCGUGGCUGCCUGAGUGCACACCCGUCUACGUGCAGUACUUUGUCAAGUUCUUCAUCAUUGGCGUGACAGUGCUGGUGGUCGCCGUGCCCGAGGGGCUCCCUCUGGCUGUCACCAUCUCGCUGGCCUACUCAGUGAAGAAAAUGAUGAAGGACAACAACCUGGUACGCCACCUGGACGCCUGUGAGACUAUGGGCAAUGCCACAGCCAUCUGCUCAGACAAGACAGGCACGCUGACCACCAAUCGCAUGACAGUGGUACAAGCCUAUGUCGGCGACGUCCACUAUAAGGAGAUCCCCGACCCCAGCUCCAUCAAUACCAAGACCAUGGAGCUGCUGGUCAAUGCCAUUGCCAUCAACAGCGCCUACACCACCAAGAUUCUGCCCCCGGAGAAGGAGGGUGCCCUGCCUCGGCAGGUGGGCAACAAGACGGAGUGUGGCCUGCUGGGCUUUGUGCUGGACCUGAAGCAGGACUAUGAGCCCGUGCGCAGCCAGAUGCCAGAGGAGAAGCUGUACAAAGUGUACACCUUCAACUCCGUGCGCAAGUCCAUGAGCACCGUCAUCAAGCUGCCCGACGAGAGCUUCCGCAUGUACAGCAAGGGGGCUUCUGAGAUCGUGCUCAAGAAGUGCUGCAAAAUCCUCAGCGGGGCGGGAGAGCCCCGUGUCUUCCGGCCCCGCGACCGGGACGAGAUGGUAAAGAAGGUGAUUGAGCCCAUGGCUUGCGACGGGCUCCGCACUAUCUGCGUGGCCUACCGCGACUUCCCCAGCAGCCCCGAGCCGGACUGGGACAACGAGAAUGACAUCCUCAAUGACCUCACCUGCAUCUGCGUGGUGGGCAUCGAGGACCCCGUGCGGCCAGAGGUCCCAGAAGCCAUCCGCAAGUGCCAGCGGGCAGGCAUCACGGUCCGCAUGGUCACUGGUGACAAUAUCAACACGGCUCGGGCCAUCGCCAUCAAGUGCGGCAUCAUCCAUCCUGGGGAGGACUUUCUAUGCCUCGAGGGCAAGGAGUUCAACAGGAGGAUCCGAAACGAGAAGGGGGAGAUUGAGCAGGAGCGAAUUGACAAGAUCUGGCCAAAGCUGCGAGUGCUGGCUCGCUCCUCCCCCACGGACAAGCAUACCCUGGUCAAAGGCAUUAUUGACAGCACACACACCGAGCAGCGGCAGGUGGUGGCCGUGACAGGGGACGGGACCAACGAUGGGCCUGCACUCAAGAAGGCCGACGUGGGCUUCGCCAUGGGCAUCGCAGGCACUGACGUGGCCAAGGAGGCCUCAGACAUUAUCCUCACCGACGACAAUUUCAGCAGCAUCGUUAAGGCAGUGAUGUGGGGCCGCAACGUCUACGACAGCAUCUCCAAGUUCUUGCAGUUCCAGCUCACAGUCAAUGUGGUGGCCGUGAUUGUGGCCUUCACGGGUGCCUGCAUCACACAGGACUCCCCUCUGAAGGCCGUGCAGAUGCUCUGGGUGAACCUCAUCAUGGACACAUUUGCCUCACUGGCACUGGCCACUGAGCCGCCCACAGAGACCCUGCUGUUGAGGAAGCCAUACGGCCGCAACAAGCCGCUCAUCUCCAGGACCAUGAUGAAGAACAUCCUGGGUCACGCUGUCUACCAGCUCGCCCUCAUCUUCACCCUGCUUUUUGUUGGUGAGAAGAUGUUCCAGAUUGACAGCGGAAGGAACGCGCCCCUGCACUCGCCGCCCUCAGAACACUACACCAUCAUCUUCAACACCUUCGUCAUGAUGCAGCUCUUCAACGAGAUCAACGCCCGCAAGAUCCACGGCGAGCGCAAUGUCUUUGACGGCAUCUUCCGGAACCCCAUCUUCUGCACCAUCGUGCUGGGCACCUUUGCCAUCCAGAUAGUGAUCGUGCAGUUUGGAGGGAAGCCAUUCAGUUGCUCUCCACUGCAGCUGGACCAGUGGAUGUGGUGCAUAUUCAUUGGGUUAGGAGAGCUCGUUUGGGGUCAGGUCAUCGCCACCAUCCCGACCAGCAGGCUCAAGUUCCUCAAGGAGGCAGGCAGGCUCACGCAGAAGGAGGAGAUCCCGGAGGAGGAGCUCAACGAGGACGUGGAGGAGAUCGACCACGCAGAGCGGGAGCUGCGGCGGGGCCAGAUCCUGUGGUUCCGAGGCCUGAAUCGGAUCCAGACGCAGAUCCGCGUCGUGAAGGCGUUCCGUAGCUCUCUCUAUGAAGGAUUAGAAAAGCCUGAGUCUCGAACCUCCAUCCAUAACUUCAUGGCUCAUCCUGAAUUCCGGAUCGAAGAUUCCCAGCCCCACAUCCCCCUCAUUGACGACACCGACCUGGAAGAAGAUGCCGCGCUCAAGCAGAACUCGAGCCCGCCAUCAUCGCUCAACAAGAACAACAGCGCCAUCGACAGUGGGAUCAACCUGACGACCGACACAAGCAAAUCAGCUACCUCUUCAAGUCCAGGGAGCCCCAUCCACAGCCUGGAGACGUCGCUUUAGCUGAGGACCCUGUCACCUGCCCGCCUGCCCUCGCGGACCCCGCUGCCACCCGCCUCCCGGGCACCCAUCCAUCCAGGCACCCAACUCACCCAAGCAGCAACGAGCAACAACCGGAAACCAAAUACUGGAGAGAAAACCAACGUUUCCACCAACAGACCCUUUCUCUGGCUGCGAUGCUGUUUGAACUCUUUUUCACUUCAAGGCAAGGGGCGGGAUCUCCCCUGGGGGCUUACGGGAGUGAGCGGUUUUCCCAAAAUAAGCCCUUCCUGGCUCCUACCGAGACAUGGACCAGCCAUGCACCCGCCCAGCCACCACGUCCCCCGCAUGAAUGUACUGUACACUUUCAAUCCUCCCCUUGUUUGGUUUUGGGGGGUUGGGGAGGGGUUUUUUUGUUUGUUUUCUUAGGCGGGAACUGCAAACAGACUCUUUUCUGAGACUAUUUAUCCAAUCCACUGGUCUGUGAGUUUUUGAAAUGCUUGCGCAGCAUGGUCUCAGUUGUAUAGAUUAAUUUAAUAACUUUUUGAAAUUGCAGAGCUUAACUCGCCUAGUAGAUUUGCACCAAUGGAACCGAAGAACUUCAUAGACACUCACAAGGUUAUAUCCAUUUCUUUGUAUCUAUAUCAACGUAUACUUCUCCAAGACCGUAUACGUCCAUAUAGAUAGGUAGAUAUAUAUAUAUAUAAAUAUAUAUAAAUAUAUACAUGGAUAUAUAAAGUUUCUUUGCCGGCAUGUUGCCUUGUUUCUGCUUAAAUUGCUCUAUUUUAACUUAUUUAUGUCCUAAAAGAAGAAUGUAAUUUGUUUACAAACCUGUAGAUAACGUCUUUGGCUAUUUGUACGGUUUAAGAACAUGGUGGCUGAGAUGCUGUAAAAACAGCUCGGCCCGACAGACACUUCCCCUGGGUUGCAUCCUUGAUGUUUUAUGAUAGCCAUGCUCUGAUUUUUGCCUGCUAUUUCCGUUCAAUACUGUCACUACCGUGAGAGGCUCAGGCAGAAACCAAAUGCCACCGAGUUGCCAUCCUGAGGGGUUUAACAACAUGCUCCGUAGACAAAGGGAGAGGAGGAGAGAAGGCUUCCUGGGUUUGCAACACUAACGGCCAUCUGGCCCAAGGAUACCAGGAUCUGCAAAGCACUGCUCGAAGACUUUUCUCUCAAUGAAACUCGCUUGCGUUUACUAAGAGCAUUUCAAACACAGGUUCUCUUUGGCACUGUCUGUACAGAGAUCGAGGUAGUGUUGAAAUAUUAUAAAUGGUAUUGUGUUGAUUUUUUUUUUAGUAACUUACAGGUUUAUUUCCUUAUUAAUGGCAGCGUCUGAGCUGUUGGCAUAUUGGAUGAGGAUCAGUAUGGCUUGCUGCUUUUAUUUUUAUUUUUGAAGAAUAGCCUUUUUCUCUGCACUAUUUAGAUCCGAAUGAACCUUAUGAUGUGUAUAUUGAGAUGUAUUCAGUGUGAUUUUAAACCAAAUUGUCUUCCUGUAGUCACAAUAUAUACUGUAGCCUUUUAACAGCAAGUCUUGCUUUCCCAAACAGAAAGCCAUUCUGAAACCCUACAGUAUCACAGGUGAGAAAAGGUGGUUAUUUUUCCCCAAGACAACAGCACUAGUAAUCCCACUUAAUAAGAGCUUAUUUAAUUGUAUGUCAGCCUCUUAACUGCUAAGCACUUUGUGGGUCUCAGCGUUUUUCAUAAAAGAACUUUUGUAUUUAAUACAAAGUUUGCUUUGAGACUUUUCAGCAUAUGAUCUUUUUCCAUAAACUUGUACAGUGCAAAAGACAUUUUGAAUACCAUGAUCAAUGAUGUCCCAUGCUUUGAGGAAAACCAAACACUUUCCGCCUCUCUUGCAAAAUCCAUUCUUCAUGCUGACCCUCCCCACAGUGGCUGCGUCAGUCCAGCCCCUUCCCUUCUCCAGGCCCAGAGAACUCUUCCACAAACAAGAUGAGAGCCACUUGGGAAAAGAGCCAUAGUCAGCUGGGAGGGCCUACAUCUGGAUGGCUGUGGAAAAACUUGAGGGUUUGGGGUUCAAAGUCAGCCCAUCCCACCUGGCAAAAUCCUCCUGGAAGGAGGACCUACUUUUCAAGAGCGCACCACCUGAAUGUCGUGAAGAAAUAUAUCUGAAUGUAUCCAGCAGAGGAAACUGCAGACCCAAAGGGGUGACCAGCCCUCAGAUGUGCUUAUUGGAGUCCAGUACAAAGGCCACCAAAGCCAGCCCGCUGCUCUCCUAUGAGGAAGAAAAGACCUGCGCGUGCAAAACAUGGGCAGCCUUGGAACAUGGUGUUUUUUGGAGUUUCCUUUCUCACGGUUUUCCAUCUCCCCCUUUCUUUGGUCAGUCAUGUGUUUGUGACCUCAUUCCAUGACAUCAGGAUAGCUGUGUUUGCACACCUUGCUCCAUGUUCAUUUGGAGCCAGGAGGGGUUCUCAGCGGAGCCUGCCUUGGGGAACAGGGAGCGAUAGAAAAAUGCCAGCAUUCGUGUUGGUCUUCUCUUGUCAGGAAUGACGGAUGCUUGCACACACGCACCCCUCACUCUCACACUUGCACACACAUACACACACACAGGAAAUGGUUGGUUUGUCAAAACUCACUAUAGUACAUAAAGCUUGCACUCUGCGUCCUAUAUCUAGCAGCAUGGGGUACGUUUGGCAGUUCACCCCAUUAGGGGGUAAAUAAUUUACGACCAUCUGUUUUUAUGAAUUUUUUUAUCUAGACAAUAAUUGUAAAUAAAGAACUCACCAUCUCUGUUCAUUUAA